CUGGCUGGGACUCCGUUGAGCUAUUGUUAGCUUGGGACAAUGCUCAGUGACUCGACAUCGCUGGUUGUUGAGUGUAGAUUUCCCCGUGAUUAUGGAGAAGAGCCAAUCAGGAUUGAGAUGCCGGUGGAGCUUGGGUAUUCUUGGCUUUGUCAGAGAGCAUAAAGAAUCCAGCGAGCUUCCUUGAGAAUUGGGUCUGGAAACUCAACGAACAGGAUUGAGAGGGUGAUAUGUACACAGUAUUUAGCCAUUGAACACAAUAAUUACAAAAAAUGGAUAUUUGCUGUGAGACGGCCUCAGAAGACCUUGACAAGACCAAAAGGCUUUUGCAUAAACCCUGGAAAUCGAGACUCCACAACUUCCUCAAUAGUCCCUCACCUCAUUCAAGGAAAAAACUGCACAGACAAUCUGUUAAUGAGGCGAAACAGUGGGGACAAUCCUUAGAGAAACUACUCAAUCAUAAAUGUGGCCAAGUGGCAUUUCGGGUCUUCCUGAAAUCUGAGUUCUGUGAGGAGAAUCUGGAGUUUUGGCUUGCCUGUGAAGAGUUCAAGUCCAUCACCAGUCCAGAGAAGCUUGCCUGGAAAGCUACGAGCAUUUAUGAAGAAUUCAUCCAAAGUGACUCCCCUAUGGAGGUCAACGUCGAUUACCACACAAGAGACACGAUUGCUCACAGUCUCCACAAGCCAACCCCAUCUUGUUUUGAUGGUGCCCAGAGGAAGGUCUGUAGCCUUAUGGAGAACGAUGCGUAUCCUCGGUUCAUUCAGUCUGACUACUACAAGGACCUGUGUGCUGGUAGCAGGGGCUUUAGGAAAACAUAAAAGAACUUGAGACUGACUGACUCAGACUCCACAGAAAUGUACUCUGGCAAUCCAAUUCUCUGCUCUUCUCUUGAAGUGUGCACUUGACUUGAACACUCCCUCACAUGGAAUGGUUCACCUGAUAAACAACCGACGAACACUACUGACUUCAAGUGUCUGUGUUAUUUGUAUAUAUUGAUGGUGAUGUAUAUUUGUAAACUUGUAAUAUUUCAUAUUUAAUAAUUCCAUUGUAAGUUGUACUUGUAAUUCAGCUUGUUGCUAUAACGAUUUAUUGUACAUUUAAAAAUAAACAUAUUCAUGGAUUUA